GCUACGUAUACGAAAAAGCCUUCCAUUGGAGCUUCCAAAUGCAAAAUUCAUAAGUUAUUUUCGAUUAAAUAAAGAAGCAUUUUGUUUUCUACUGAAUGAGAUGAAGGAACAUUUCCACAAACGUGUGCGAGGAACGGCCGUAUCUCCUAUAUUAAAAUUAUGCGCAACUCUGCGUUUCCUUGCUGACGGUGGUUAUCAAAAAUGCAGUGGAAAUGAUUUUAACAUUUUGUUGGCGCAACCUGCGAUAUCUUUAGUAAUUAAAGAGGUUCUAAAUGUAAUUGAACAACGUAUUUGUGACUAAUGGAUUAAAAUUCAAAUGACUGAACUAUAAAAUCUGAAUUAUAUUAGAAACAAAAUGGUAUAAUUUCUUAAAAUUUUUAGCUUUGUGAUUAUAAAAUGUCUAUUCGGUAUGUGGAUGCUAGGCAUGCAGGCGCAAAUCAUGACUCUUUUGUUUUCAAUGUUAGCGAUUUGAAAGUGCAUUUACAGAACAACAUACAGAAUAACACUAGGCUCUUGGGCGACGCUGGCUAUCCUCUGCACAAAUUUUUAAUGACGCCUUAUCGCUUGGCGGAAGCUUCUUUACCCCAAGCACGCUACAAUACAGUACACUCAAAGGCCCGGAAUAUUGUAGAGCGGACAAUUGGUGUACUCAAGAGUAAAUUUCGAUGUCUUUUAUCUGUACGAGGUUUACAUUACACUCCCGAAAAGGCUACGCAAAUUGUGAAUGCUUGUUGCGCAUUGCACAAUAUUUGCCAACACUUUCAAGUGGAAUCUCCGGAAGAAAUACCACCUACUUCACAUACUACAAUGACCACUGAUAUUUUGGACAUACGUAGAAAGAGAAGAAGAGGAUACGGCUCGAAUAAUUCGCAAUAAUAUUAUGACUUCCCUCUAAAUAAUUAAAAUAUUAAAUUUCAUUUAUUAUUUCUAAUGUGCUAUUUAU